CCCGUAUUGCGGUGAAGCGACAACGCCGUGGGUGUGCAUGCGUUUGGGUUGCUUUUUUUUGUCGUUUGUGUGGAAGGGAACACAUAUGGAUUAAAGGGGGACUUCAAGGCAAGGCAGCCUCAUGAAAAGUACCGGAUGAGGAAUCCGAUCAGCGCGAUAAAUAGGCAUUUGAUUGUGGCAUUGCUGGGGGCAAAGGGGCCGCUCAGCAAACCAUGCAGGAUGAUUUACUGAUGGACAAAAACAAAGCCCAGCCUCACAAUCAGCAAGCUCCAACCCAAGUAGACCCACCUCCCUCCACCCCGACCCUGUCAUCGGAGCCCACUUCUUCCUCAUCGGAGUCGGAGAGCCCGUCGACCGGCCGCAACCUAGCGGUGUCAACGCUGAGCAGUAGCAGCAGCAGCGGUAAGGACAAAGUGCCGAUGGAGUCGCCGAUCCUGCCCGGGUUGAGCUUCCACCACCAGCCACAAGAGACUGGCGGCCCCCUUUCCUCGCCGCCCUCCUCCUCCUCCUCCUCCUUUGGGAGCACUUGGUCCACGGGAACCUCAAACGCCGUGGACGACAGCUUUUUCCAGGGAAUACCCUCGGUGAACGGGACGAUGCUUUUCCAGAACUUCCCCCACCACGUCAACCCGGUCUUCGGGGGUAAUUUCUCCCCGCAGAUAGGUCUGGCUCCACAGACCCAACAGCAUCCACAGCAAGCCCAGCAGCAGCAGCAGCAGCAGCAGAGGAGAUCCCCUGUCAGCCCCAGUCAAGGGCCCUUUCCCCAGAGAACCGCUUAUCAGACCAUCAUGAAUAACGGCAAGGGGUCGUCAUCGUCGUCUUCUUCUGCCUCGUCGUCCGCUUGGAAUAAUCACCAGAACGCCGCGUGGAGCACAGCCUCCAACCCGUGGAGCGGGCUGCAGGCCGGCAGGGACCCGCGCCGAGCGGUCGGCGUCGGCGUCGGAGUCGGCGUCGGGGUGCCGUCCCCCAUGAAUCCCAUAUCCCCCAUGAAAAAGCCCUAUACCAGCAAUGUUAUAGCUCCCCCCAAAUUCCCAAGACCCGGUCCCCUCGCCCCCAAACCCUGGAUGGAUGACGGCGCGUUCAGGACUGACAACAGCAACAACAUACUGCCUUUCCAGGACCGGAAUCGGCCCUUUGAUGCUUUUAGCUUGCACUCUUUGGAGAAUUCCUUAAUGGAUAUGAUAAGGACUGACCAUGACAAAGGUAAACCACACCCUGCCGGUGGCCCACCAAUGACUAUCGCUGAUAUUAUAUGGAGGAAUCAUUUUGCAGGACGCAUGGGCCUGAACUUUCAUCAUCCUGGAGCAGAGCACAUAAUGCCACUGAACGCCCGGAGCUAUGGCCGCAGAAGAGGUCGCUCCUGUCUCUUCCCCUUUGAAGACGGUUUCCUUGACGACGGUCACGGCGACCCCUCCUUGACCCCGGGCCUGAACUCGCCCACCCGCUGUCAGAACGGAGAGAGGAUGGAGCGCUACUCCAGGAAGGUUUUUGUCGGAGGCCUCCCCCCUGACAUUGAUGAAGAUGAAAUCACCAACAGUUUCCGUCGCUAUGGGCACCUGGUGGUCGACUGGCCCCACAAAGCCGAGAGCAAAUCCUACUUCCCACCUAAAGGAUACGCCUUCCUUCUCUUCCAGGAAGAGACUUCUGUCCAGGCCUUGAUCGACGCCUGCAUCGAGGAGGACGGCAAGCUCUACCUGUGUGUUUCCAGUCCCACCAUCAAAGACAAACCAGUCCAGAUCCGUCCCUGGAACCUGAGCGACAGUGACUUCGUCAUGGACGGCUCUCAGCCUCUAGACCCCCGCAAGACCAUCUUUGUAGGGGGGGUGCCGCGACCCCUGCGUGCAGUGGAGCUGGCCAUGAUCAUGGACCGGCUGUACGGCGGCGUCUGCUACGCCGGCAUCGACACCGACCCGGAACUCAAGUACCCGAAGGGAGCCGGCCGCGUGGCCUUCUCCAACCAGCAGAGCUACAUCGCCGCCAUCAGCGCUCGCUUCGUUCAGCUGCAGCACAACGACAUCGACAAAAGGGUGGAGGUGAAGCCGUACGUCCUGGACGACCAGAUGUGUGACGAGUGCCAGGGGGCACGCUGCGGGGGGAAGUUCGCCCCCUUCUUCUGUGCCAACGUCACCUGCCUGCAGUACUACUGCGAGUACUGCUGGGCCAGCAUCCACUCGCGGGCCGGCCGGGAGUUUCACAAGCCCCUGGUGAAGGAGGGCGGCGACCGCCCGCGCCACGUGUCCUUCCGCUGGAGCUGAGAAGGGGAGUGGGGUCUACGAGUUGCCCCGGGCCCGUGCCACCGAAACCCUCUCCCUCCUUCCCUACAGGCCGGGGCCGAGCUUAAACACCACAGCCACCUCCCAUCCGCAGCCCGCCCCCCCCCCCCCCCUCACUCCACACGGCUCCUCUCAAACACCUGCUGUAAAAAAAAAGCUAAAAAAAAAGCUAAAAGGAUACCAUGGUUCUGGACUUAUCUACUGACGCUCCCUCUCUCAUUGUGGGGAGGGGGGGGGGCGGGGGGGGGGAAUGCGGAAAGUCUAUCAGCUUCGAAUUUGCACUUUGGCACAAAAUCUCACACACCCGGGACGGUAUGUUAGACACCCGGCUACUUUCAGUUACCCCGUGCUGCCGACUGGGUGGUGUGGCACGUCCUUUUGGACCCCUCCUCCUAACUGAGACGGAGGCGGCGACCAUACAAAUAUUUAAAAAGCGUAUAUUUUGUUGUUUUGUACCUCUAUCUAUACAUACAUAGAUAACUAAAGUUUUAUGUAAAAGGAGCAUGCACUUAUUUUCAAAAGCUGUAGUUAUAUUGCCCCUACUGGAAAAAAAAAAUGAACCAAAGGCAAAUGAACGCAUGGAGAAAAGCUGACUAGGUGGCGUAAGAUGUAGCAGGACAGCUAUCCAGUAGUGUUGCCUGUACCGCUCGGAGUAACAAUACCACGGCUGUAUUCGCUCUCAAUUCUGACUCGGAGUAUAUUAAUACCUCAUACGCGCAAUCGGAUUAGUUUGCUUUUGGUUUCGAGGUCUUUAUUUUUAUAGUAACAUUCAUUUUUUUAGUGUUCCGUAAAUGUAAUGCUGCAACAGCUUUGCUGCUAAAUCCGUGACAUAAACAGACACCACAAGUACUUUAUCCAGGCUCGGCUGAAAAAUAGCAGAUAGCGGAUCGAGAGAAGCACCGACUGUUUUGGAUCGGCGAGCCGCCGCGGGGGGGAGGGGGAGGGGGGGGCAACGAUGGCUACCUUUGUGGGGGUCGGGGUGGGUCAGCUCCUCACUGCAUGUUUAUUUCAUUCAGGUUGCUGCAUGCAAUAGACUUUUCAGUAUCACUUCUACUAUUGGAUCCUGCCCAUGUUUGCACAACACUACACGGACGUAGAGUCCGAUCGAACCCCUCGCGAAACUGGACCGCACCGGGGAGGGCUGGAACCACGGCGCGGAGACGACACGACAAAAAAAAAACAACACAACCUUAAUAACCACGAAUCAAGUUAAAUGUAGGAUUACCAUUUACAACUGUCGAUGAUAGGUGAAGUACUUUUUUGCAGUGAUUGUUGAUAUAAUUGUGCAAUUUUUUAUACCGUACGUAGUUAGGUCUGAGUAUGCCUAGAACUGUGAUUCGCUUUAACUGUCGUCAGUGUCCGACAUGGAAGUCCUGUGAAACUUCAUGACUAGUGUACGCACACGUACAUAUGUUCUCUACACAAACACACACACACACACACACACACACACACACACACACGCACGCACUGCACCAGUAUGCACGGAGGCCUCUCAGACACACACACACACACACAGGCCUACAGACGCGCCCGAUGCGAAGAGAAGGCGUGACAACGUGAGCUCAAGCGUAGAACCGAAGGUCUUUAGUUCUUUUUUUUCUCCGCCCCUUGUCGAAAAAAAAACGCUGCACGUUUACGUCUCCAAAUGCAACCAAAGAGCUGACGUGAAACCAGACUGCCGGCACGCCGCCACCUGGGAGGAGCGUUUGAUCUAUGAUGAGGAACGUGGGAAGAACAGUUGAGGGGGUUUUGGGGGGUGGGAUCAAAUUAAAUGUUGAAGCUACUGGAGGUUGAUAAACUGAGCUCUGCAUGUGCUUUCACUACAUGACUGGGGAGGGGGGAGGGGGGAGGGGGGGGGGUGUUGCCAUGUGUGCGAGCUGGGGUUACCAUAUUUGUCCCCCCCAAAAAAAAAGAAUUCUCCUGCAAAGCUUGAAGUAAUAGACAUGAUAGUCGACAAAAUGGUGGACAUCUAUUAUAAGUAACUUUUAGUUUUCAUCAUUCAAAUAACGGUGCAACAGGAACUUAGAAACGCAAUGGCUGCUGAAGAUGGCGGCAAGGGUUAGGGGUGGGGCCAAGUUACACUGGUUUCACAGGUUUUGGGGAAAAUCUGAGCGGGAUUGGACAUCAAGUUCAUGUGUGUUGUCUCUCCCCUCCCUUUUCCUUUUUUUAACCCUUGAGGUGAGAUUGUCCCGUGCAGGCGCCCCGCAGUCCCUUUUCUCGUUUUAGUCGCAAACUGUUCAUUUAAUCAAUUAAUUUUUUUUUAAACUUUUUUUUUUGCUUCAGGAUAGAUGUUUUUGUCAUCCAAGAAAAACUAAUUCAAACUUAAGCGAAGAGAUUUGUUUUCUUUUAAAAAAAGAAAAAGAAAAAGAAGAAUCUAACCACAAGUAAUAAUAAGUAUCCCUAAGAAAGUGAAUCCUAGGUAAUUUUUGUGACAUUUCUUUCCCUCAACCAGACAGCUUUUCUAUGUUUUUUCCUUCUCGAUGAUAGAUAUCUGUUAUGCACUACUCUUUGUACCCUAGCAGUUUGGCGGUCAGCAGCAAGACAAAAAAAAAAGACGACAGUGUGCUUUCUGACCGGCAAGAUCUUUUGCAAUACCUCAAUUUUGAAAUAUAUUAGGAGAGAAACUGAUAUUUUCUAAGUUUAUUCAGAUGAAAAAAUAUAUAUUAAUUUAAUUCUCAAAGAGAAACGAUUAAACAGAUUGUUGACUUUAUUAUUUUUAUCAUGCUUAUUUACUUUUAUUUUAAGAAUCUAUUUUUUUGAAAACGACAACAACUGAAGGAGCAAGAGCUUUAUGACGAAUAUAAUGAUGUAGUUGGUGAAAGUACAGUCUUGUGCUUGACUACAAGGGAUGUUACUGUGAGCAUCCCACUGGUCAAAUUGGUUGAAAUAUCAGAGAAGAGCUCUUUAGGAAAAAUAAAUACUAUCAGGUGCUCAAGAGAGAAAAACUAAACAUAUUUCCCAAGUUUUUGUAUAUUUAUAAUCAAUCAUUUACUAUGCUGACCAGAGUUGUGAAAGAGAUCUUCUGUUCAUUAUUUUUUUAAGAGAAGUUUUUUAUGUUUCCUAAAAGUACGUGUUCCCUUUUUUGUUUUGUAAAAAAAAAAGAAAAAAAUAGGCGACAUGACCCUUAUUUGUUAGCCUGACAUUGUUGGGAGAAAAACAGAGGCUUGUGGGAGUCACUGAACAGUAGAGAGGCGAGAAUGUUUUUUUUAACACAAAACAGACACAUGUUUUCACCUGUAACUUGAUGGAAAGCCCCUAAGGUGCAUCAUAUUGACUGGUGGCCUUCUAUUCACGCAAGACUUGAAUUAGUCCCAUUUGUUUAAGGCUAAGAACCUUGAUUCUUUGUUGUAAUGUGCAAUACUGUUUGUACUGUUUGUAGAAAAAAAAAAGAAAACAAGAAGAAAAAAGGCAUAACUCUUUAUUGCAGAAUUAUUUUCAUUGCAAGCAUUGUGAUUCACUAAAAUCAUUUUCUACUGUGUAUUUACCUACUCUACCUGCUAGUACCUUCCAGUAGUAAUGUAGCCUUUGUACUGAGAAAUUUUCAUUAUUUUUAGAGAGUUUUGCUAAAAAAUAAAUAAAUUUAAACAUAUUUACAUAUUUUCAUUUUUAAUUUCGUAUUCUCUUUCUUUAAAAACUUCUUUCUCGGUCAUUAAUAGUUAUUUCUGGGGGAGACUUUCAUAUCUGGUCACUGUCAUUAAUAUUAUUUUGUAUUUUUACUUGGAAUAAAUUAAUUUUAUGAUGCUAAUUCUUUAAAAGUUUAUUUUUUUCAUUUGUUCACUUUCUUUUUUUUUAAACUGGAAAAAAAAAACUUUGAUAUUGUUACUAAAGUGUCUCGAUUCUUGAAAUGCUAAGCUUCGUUAUGUGUGAUCUUGCUGAUGUUGCUUACAUUACUUUGUAAAUGAUUCACGGUAAAAAAAAAGAAAAAAAACUAUUCAGAAUCAACAGACUUAUGUUUGGUGAUUUGGGAAGUGAUUUGCAAUGUAAACCAAUGAAUGGGCAAUAAAAUACAAAUGGCAGAAAGGAGCAUACACGCAGGAUGUUGUGAUGUAAUUUUGGAAGAUUGGCAACACCACUGACAAUUUACAGUGAUACUCCAAUACUACCACCUCUACUACUACUACUACUACUACUACUACUAAUUCUACUAUUACCAAUGCCACGAACUGUACAAAUAACUCAUCCUCUCUUUGUGCAGUAGACAAAGGACAUGGCGUUCCACCUAGAGAAAGCGCCAUGUCACAUCCUCUCUCCUUGUAGUAGGUUCGCUCCCUGCAGAGUGCACCAGUGUGAUUGUAUUUAUGUAUGAAUGUAAAUGUAGAGAUUCACUGUGUAAUGUACAAUGUUUGGGAAGAGCAUGUAUAACUAUACAAUCCUAGUUAUACAUAGGAGGCAAUUCAUUGUCUAAAGCAGGGGUCUCAAACUCAUUUCGUUUUCGGGCCCGACCAGUCGUAGCCCACUUCGACCACUACGGUCGACGGAUGGGGUUUGAGACCCCUGGUCUAAAGUGGUUUUAUUCUUCUUUCCCAACUUUUUUUUGUCCGUUUUCAUCCAACGUUCCCCUUCCUUAACUGCCUUAAAGAUAAAAAAUCAAAUUGAAAUCAAGGGAAAUGGGCCCUGCUACAUCACCUCUCAAAGCUCCGGCUGGUAGUUCUUACACUUUGCCUUGGGAAUAACUGAUUAGUGAACUUCAGAGGUGCCAGUCGGCACAUUUCUGCACAGGGCCGAGAUGGCUACUUCCCCCUCCGCCCCCAGUCUUAAUGCUAAGCUAAUGUGAUCAGUGGUCGGCUCUGACUUAGUUCACUGUGAAGCUUUAGCCAAUUAGCUUAGCAUAAAGAGCUAGCACAGUUCGAUUUAAAGGUAACUUAAUCCAAAAUCAUUUAUUAAAGUCACACGACAUGUUGGUGUGGGGGUCUAAUGAAGUCUAAUACACUUGUGUCCAAUGUGUGUUUGAGGUGAACAAACAUGAGUCAAUGUGUUAUCUUUUAAAACAUUAACAGUCAGGCUGUUUUCCAUCGUCAUGUUAAGCGGCUUCAGGCUGAGGAUUCGUGUUGUAUUUUUAUCCAACUCCAAAUAAGAACGAAAUAAACGCGCCGAGCGUCCUCAACUUAUCCUGAAGUGUUUUUUGACGUAAGACUUCAGUGGUCACGUGACAGUCCUUUCUGCUGGGCCUUUUCUAGCAGUUUAUACAGCUGAUGCUGAUACUUUAGUCUUCACCUCCAUACCAUCAAGUGUUUAUCUCCUGGUCCUUUUCUUUCACUUAACAUAAUUAUGUAUACCUUAUCUGUAAUACAAAGUGCAAAUGAAAAAGAUGAUUUGAAUGACUGCACCCAUUUUAUAUAUUCUAUGGAAUUGUAUUUCACGUAACUCGACUUGGGUAUUAUACUGCAUAUUCACUUCUGCUUCAAUAGGUAAAACACUGUGGGUCUAGUCAUGUUGUGAAUAUACAAAUAGAUGUGCUUCUUUCCACAAGUUCCACUACUUUUGAAAUGAGAUGGGUUUUUUAUAUAAUUUUUUUAAAAUCUAGACAUGUGCUUAUUGUCUCUCGUUUCUUUUUUCCUGAAUUGAAGACUGGUUCCAUCUUGCCGAUGCUUUUGAGAUUGUCUUGGUCUGAACUUCUUGCAGUAAUACUAUGAUUUGAAAACAUGAAGCUCCAUGCUGCUAAUGCUUACUACUGCUUCAGUUUGUAGUUUGCCACCUUCAUUUUUCCUUUUUCUGUACCAAUAAGCAAAUCUUAUUAAACAUAGUUGUAUGA